AUGGAUCAAUCACAGUCACCCGCCGUUCCCAUUCCCUCUUCGCCCUCCCGCGGUGCCGCCGGCGCGCAAGAUGGAGGUGUCAUCGUUGACACCCUGGUCGUGAAGAACAUCCCAUUUCACCUGGCCGAUGUCGAUUUUGUCUCCAUUUUGAACACGUUCGACGCCAAGCCCAAGCAGGUCCGAUACAUCUAUGACAAGGCUGGUGGCGGCGGCUUCAAGGGCAUGGCCUUCGUCAAGUACAAUCGCGAUGUCAACAUCAACGCGAUGAUGGCCGCUCUGCAGGGCCUCGACAUAAUGGGACGCAAACUGCGGAUCGAGCUGAAGCGCACGCCGGCCCAGCAGCCCCAAACGCCCACCCAACCUCAGCAGUUGGCGUCGUACGAGGAGGGUUACGACAAGGCCUCGCCGCAGCGAAUCAACGGGCGGCCUCGCCGAGGGACCGUGGAGCGGAGGGGCCGAGAGGAGGACGUUGUGGUCGAGCCCUUCGGGAGCUACGGCAGCAGCUACGGCAGCCCCACGUCCUCGUCCUGGGAACCAUCUCGCAAGAGGACUACCCGAAGUGUGAGCAAGGGCGGCAACAGCUACAUCCCCAAGGGACCGGACGGGACCAAGGGUUUCUCCAGCGAAUACCAGGCGCGCAGGACAACCUUCCCCGCCACCCAGCCGCCGGCUGAGGCCAUCAACGGAGUCUCGGCGGAGGAGACCUCGGAGCCCAGCCGAGAGCUGGCCGUCAACGUUGGCGAAAUCAGCGUGCAGGAGUGA